ACUACUACCGUUCAACCAGUGGAUGGUAGCUAUAAUGGAGAAACUCCAAGUUCAACCCAAGGCCGACCACGCCGGCUAUGUCGACAUCUCCGAGUCUGCCGGUGCGCGCCCGAUCAGCACCCGACGCGACCGGGUCGUUGCUCGGCUCGCCGCUUGCUUGGGGCUCAUCACAUUAGCCUUCCUGGCUCUAUCCUGGGCCCCCAUCUCCUUUUCCGGCUUUAAGUUCUUCUCGUGUCACGGAUGGAGGAGACAUCACGAUGAUUCUGGGCUUCCGGUCUUGGGCAGUGAGGAAGCUCCGCUGAUGGGGGAUCCACUACGUGAAAUGUUUCCGCCAGAUCGGGUCCUGUCAUCGAGUAACAGAAUCCCUCUGGAGGCUCAUAUCAUGAGCAAAUGUCCGGAUGCCCGGGACUGUCUGCAACAGCUUGUUCUGCCGGCUAUGGAGCAGAUCAGCGACAAGGUUGACUUCGAGCUGUCGUUCAUUGCCGAAGUAUCCAAUAAAUCGUCGGAAAUCCAAUGCAAGCACGGUCCCACCGAGUGUAUCGGUGACAUGCUCAUCCUCUGUGCGGCCAACCUGCCCUUCCCGUCGGAGAGCGAUACUGUUUGUCCCACAGCGGCUCGUACCCCGACCAUCCGGUCUCUCGGGUUUGCCAACUGCCUGAUCAACUCGUAUAGCGAUAUCCCACGCCGUGAUCUGGUCGAGGGCUGCGCCUUGGAGCAUGGCAUUGAUUUUGAAGCCCUGAAUCAGUGUGCCAGUCAAGAGCGCGACGGUUUCGAUGGCGAUGAUGACGGCGAGGAGCACACCCCACCAAGUGGCUUUGCUCUGUUGCGGAAGAGUGCGCUACACAGUGCGGAGCUUAGCGUCAAGACCAGCUGUACUCUUCGGCUGGACGAAUCGGUCUGGUGCGUUCGGGACGGUGGGGUCUGGAAAGACUGCGCCAAAGGAGGAGAGGGCAGUAAAGUCUCGGUGCUUGUAGAUGAGGUGAAGAAAUUGUGGGAGAAGGCCAAUUGAACCUUCGAUAUACGUUAUGGGAUGCACUCCAGUGCUAUGAUUUGAUGUGGCACCGCACGUGAUGCAAAAGGAUGAUUCUGUUUGACUUGUGCUUUGUAUCUAAUUAUGACAGUCCGAGUAUACUACCUAAUCGUAAUCAGUGAUUUGUGAAUCAGCAAGA